AUGGCGCUGGCGACACUGCAGGACUGGUGCCGCUGCCUGGGCGUGAACGCGCAGCGCUCCCUGCUCAUCCUGGGCAUCCCUGACGACUGCCGGGAGGACGAAUUCCAGGAGGCCGUUCAGGCUGCGCUGUGGCCCCUGGGCAGGUACCGAGUGCUCGGCAAGGUCUUCAGAAAGGAGCUGGGGGCCAGGGCAGCCCUGGUCGAGUUUGCAGACUAUCUAAACCGAAGUGUGAUCCCGCGACAGAUACCAGGCAAGGGGGGACCCUGGACUGUGAUCUUCCUGCCCCAGGCCCAUGAUGCUGACUUACAGGACAGACCCGAUUUCCCUGCAAGGCCCCAGGGUCAAGCAGUGGCCAGAUGGGCAGGUGAGGCAGGAGGUGCAGAAGAGGCAGGAGCUGCAGGAGGGACAGGAGAGGCAGGGUCUUCAGGAGAGGCAGGAGGUGCAGCAGAGGCAGGAGCUUCAGGAGAGGCAGGAGCUGGAGGAGAGGCAGGAGCUACAGGAGAGGCAGGAGCUGCAGGAGAGGCAGGAGCUGCAGGUGAAGAAGCAGCAGCUGGUGAGGCAGGAGCUACAGGAGAGUCAGGAGCUGCAGGAGAGGCCGGAGGUUCAGGUGAGGCAGGAGCUGCAGGAGAGGCAGGAGCUGCAGGUGAGGCAGGAGCUGCAGGAGAGGCAGGAGCUACAGGAGAGGCAGGAGCUGCAGGUGAGGCAGGAGCUACAGGAGAGGCAGGAGCUGCGGGUGCGGCAGGAGCUGCGGGUGAGGCAGGAGCUGCAGGAGAGGCAGGAGGUGCAGGAGAGGCAGGAGCUGCAGGUGAGGCAGGAGCUGCAGCAGCUUCAGGAGAGGCAGGAGCUGCAGGAGAGGCAGGAGCUGCCGGUGAGGCAGGAGCUGCAGGAGAGGCAGGAGAAACAAAUGGGGCCAGAAGCUGGGCCGAGCACUUGAGGCAGGCUUUGGAGGCUAUGUUGGAAAACUUGCCCUACCAGCCACUGAGAACCUUUACUGGAAUGGAAGAGCCAGGCCGCAGGGAAGAGUUCUUUGAGAGCUGGCUGAGCCAUGCCAAGGACAUGCUGUACCUGUGGCGCAACAUAUCUGAAAGGGAGAGGAGGAGGCGGCUGAUGGAGAGCCUGGGGGGCCCUGCCCUGGAUCUCAUGUGUGGCCUCCUGUUAGAGAAUCCUGACACCCCAGUGCAGGACUGCCUGGCCGAGCUCGUGCAGGUGUUUGGGAACAAAGACACCCGGAUAAGGGCACGGCUGAAGUUCCUGACCUGCUCGCAGCGUCUCGAGGAGAGUCUGGUUGCCUACGUGGUGCGCCUGGAAGGCCUGCUGCACGAAGCCAUAGAGAAGGGGGCCUUCCACCCGGCCAUCGCAGACCAGGUGCGAGCCCGGCAGGUGUUGAUGCAGGCCCGGCCCAACGCGACGCUGCGGGACAAGCUGUGGAGGAUGCAGCUGGAGAGGAGGCCGCCUGGCUUCCUGGGGCUGCUGCGACUCAUUCGGCAGACCGAGGCCUGGGAGGCAGCUCUAACUAUGAGGGAGCAGCAGCUGCGCACAGGAGAAGAAGGGACCCCUGGGGAUGGUGGAGACCCAGGUGCCGCCCAGGCCGCCCCUGCCGCGGGAGUCCCAGCUGAGGCCUACCCAGCCCGUGACGGUGCCAGCCAGGUUGUUCCUGUCCGUGCAGAUGCUGCCCAGGUUACUGCCGGUAGCCCGGGAGCCGCCCAGGCCUCCCCUGCCCCUGAAGAGGUCGCCGAGGCCUCCCCUGCCACUCAGGAAGACGACAGUGUCCCUGCCCCUGCGGGCCUGGGUCAGGCAGGACCCACUGAGGCCCCUGGGACUCCCCCCACAGCCCAGGUGUGCAGUGCUUCUGACGCGAGCCCAGGAGGCCCUGGCUGGGUGCCCGAGAGCCGGGCCCAGGCGGGAGACCAGGAGGCCGAGGAGGCCCCCCUGGAUGGGGAGGAGUAG